AUGCGGCGUCUGACUCGCCGCCUGGUGCUGCCGAUCUUCGGGGUUCUCUGGAUCACCGUGCUGCUGUUCUUCUGGGUAACCAAGAAGAAGUUGGAGGUGCCGGCGGGACCUGAAGUGCAGACCCCCAAGAUUUCGGAUGCUGACUGGGAUGACCUGUGGGACCAGUUUGAUGAGCGGCGGUACCUGAAUGCCAAGAGGUGGCGCGUCGGUGAUGAUCCCUAUAAGCUGUAUGCUUUCAACCAGCGGGAGAGCGAGCGGAUUGCCAGUAGCCGGGUGGUCCCAGACACCCGCCUUUUCAGAUGCACCCUGCUGGGGUACUGCACGGACCUCCCUCCCACCAGCAUCAUCAUCACCUUCCACAACGAGGCCCGCUCCACCCUGCUCAGAACCGUCCGCAGCAUAUUAAACCGCACCCCUAUGAAUCUCCUCCAGGAAAUCAUAUUAGUCGAUGACUUCAGCAAUGACCCCGAGGACUGCAGAGAGCUCAUCAAGCUACCCAAGGUGAAAUGCUUACGCAAUAACGAGCGGCAAGGUCUGGUGCGGUCCCGCAUCCGGGGUGCUGAUGCUGCCCAGGGCACCACCCUGACUUUUCUCGACAGCCACUGUGAGGUGAACAGGGACUGGCUCCAGCCCUUGCUGCACAGGGUCAAAGAGGACUACACGCGGGUGGUGUGCCCCGUGAUCGAUAUCAUCCACCUGGACACCUUCAACUACAUCGAGUCGGCCACGGAACUUAGAGGGGGGUUUGACUGGAGCCUCCACUUCCAAUGGGAGCAGCUCACACCAGCGCAGAAGGCUCGGCGCCUGGACCCCACUGAGCCCAUUAGGACUCCAAUCAUAGCUGGAGGGCUCUUCGUGAUGGACAAAUCCUGGUUCGACUACCUGGGGAAGUAUGACAUGGACAUGGACAUCUGGGGCGGGGAGAACUUCGAAAUCUCCUUCAGGGUGUGGAUGUGCGGGGGCAGCCUCGAGAUCGUCCCCUGCAGCCGAGUGGGCCACGUCUUCCGGAAGAAGCACCCGUAUGUCUUCCCAGAUGGAAAUGCCAACACGUAUAUAAAGAACACCAAGCGGACAGCUGAAGUGUGGAUGGAUGAAUACAAGCAGUACUAUUAUGCUUCCCGGCCGUUUGCCCUGGAGAGACCCUUUGGAAACAUUGAGAGCAGAUUGAACCUGAGGAAGAACCUGCAGUGCCGGAGCUUCAAGUGGUACCUGGAGAACGUCUAUCCAGAACUCAGAGUACCCAAGGAGUCCUCCAUCCAGAAGGGCAGCAUCCGACAGAGGCAGAAGUGCCUCGAGUCUCAAAAGCAGAAAGACCAAGAGAUCUCCAACCUCAAGUUAAGCCCCUGUGUCAAGAUUGAAGACAGGGAAGCAAAGUCCCAGACCUGGGCCUUCACAUACACCCAGCAGAUCCUGCAGGAGGAACUGUGCCUGUCAGUCGUCACCUUGUUCCCUGGCGCCCCGGUGGUUCUUGUCCUUUGCAAGAAUGGAGAUGACAGACAGCAAUGGACCAAGACUGGUUCCCGCAUCGAGCACGUGGCAUCCCACCUCUGCCUAGACACGGACAUGUUUGGCGAUGGCACUGAGAACGGCAGGGAGAUCGUUGUCAAUCCGUGUGAGUCCUCACUCAUGAGCCAGCACUGGGACCUGGUGAGCUCUUGA